AAAUCAUUUUCAAGUUAAAGAUAGACACAGUAUACACCAGGAUCCAGAGCUGGAUUUUAAACUCACAUCCCUCCCUGGGAUUUCAGGGAGUUCUGUGAUGGUCUCUGUUGUAUUAAACAAUGUGGCCGAGUUUGCUCUUUAAGUGAAUAUGCUAAGAAUCCAUAUGUGUUCUGGAUGUACUGGAAUUAAAAGGAUUUCAAAGAUCAUGGUGAGCAUGCUCUAGGAUAAAUAGGAUUUACCAGUUCCUGGAUGAAGUACUUUGGAAAUCUUUUAAUGACAUAAUCAGCUGCUGUUUUAAAGAAAAGAAAAUAGAUGGUUUUGGAAAGUUCAUGCUGUUUCUUCUUUCAAUUUUAGAAUGAUUGAAGAUAGUGGGAAAAGAGGAAAUACCAUGGCAGAAAGAAGACAGCUGUUUGCAGAGAUGAGGGCUCAAGAUCUGGACCGCAUCCGGCUCUCCACCUACAGAACAGCAUGCAAGCUUAGGUUUGUUCAGAAGAAAUGCAAUUUGCACCUGGUGGAUAUUUGGAAUGUCAUAGAAGCACUGCGGGAAAAUGCUUUGAACAACCUGGACCCAAACACAGAACUCAAUGUGGCCCGCUUGGAGGCAGUGCUGUCCACCAUUUUCUACCAGCUCAACAAACGGAUGCCAACCACGCACCAAAUCCACGUGGAGCAGUCCAUCAGUCUCCUGCUUAACUUCCUGCUUGCUGCUUUUGAUCCGGAAGGCCAUGGUAAAAUUUCAGUAUUUGCUGUCAAAAUGGCUUUAGCCACAUUGUGCGGAGGGAAGAUCAUGGACAAAUUAAGAUAUAUUUUCUCAAUGAUUUCUGACUCCAGCGGGGUGAUGGUUUAUGGACGAUAUGACCAGUUCCUUCGGGAAGUUCUCAAACUACCCACAGCAGUGUUUGAAGGCCCUUCAUUUGGUUACACAGAACAAUCAGCUAGAUCCUGUUUUUCCCAGCAGAAGAAAGUCACGUUAAAUGGUUUCUUGGACACGCUCAUGUCAGAUCCUCCUCCCCAAUGUCUGGUCUGGUUGCCUCUUCUACAUCGACUGGCAAAUGUUGAAAAUGUCUUCCAUCCGGUGGAGUGUUCCUACUGCCACAGCGAGAGUAUGAUGGGAUUUCGCUACCGGUGCCAACAGUGUCACAAUUACCAGCUCUGUCAGGACUGCUUCUGGAGGGGACACGCUGGCGGUUCCCAUAGCAACCAGCACCAAAUGAAAGAGUACACGUCAUGGAAAUCACCUGCUAAGAAGCUAACUAAUGCAUUAAGCAAGUCUUUGAGCUGUGCUUCUAGCCGUGAACCGUUGCACCCCAUGUUCCCAGAUCAGCCUGAGAAGCCACUCAACUUGGCUCACAUUGUGCCACCCAGACCUGUAACCAGCAUGAAUGACACCCUGUUCUCCCACUCUGUUCCCUCCUCAGGAAGUCCUUUCAUUACCAGGAGGUUACCUGAGGGGAUAAGUGCAGCCAGCCCUGUGGCUGAGGAGCAUUCACUCAUAAAGCUGUAUGUAAAUCAGCUUGACCACGGCGCACGCUCCCCUCCCAAGGACAGUGAAGUAGAGCAGAACAAAAUGCUGGCUAGGGCUGCUCCAGCGUUUCUGAAGGGCAAAGGGAUACAGUACAGCCUGAAUGUGGCAGACAGGCUAGCUGAUGAACAUGUUCUCAUCGGGUUGUAUGUCAACAUGCUCCGGAACAACCCGUCAUGUAUGCUUGAGAGUUCAAACCGGCUUGAUGAAGAGCACAGGCUAAUUGCCAGGUAUGCGGCAAGACUGGCAGCAGAAUCCUCUUCGUCUCAGCCAACACAGCAGAGAAGUGCUCCUGACAUCUCCUUCACCAUUGAUGCGAACAAGCAACAACGGCAGCUUAUUGCAGAACUAGAAAACAAGAACAGAGAAAUCUUACAGGAGAUCCAGAGGCUACGGCUAGAGCACGAACAAGCUUCUCAGCCCGCACCAGAGAAGGCGCAGCAAAACCCCACCCUGCUGGCAGAGCUGCGGCUCCUCAGACAGCGCAAAGAUGAGCUGGAGCAGAGAAUGUCUGCUCUCCAGGAGAGCCGGAGAGAGCUAAUGGUCCAGUUGGAAGGUCUCAUGAAGCUGCUAAAGACCCAGGGAGCAAGCUCUCCUCGCUCCUCCCCCAGCCACACCAUCAGCAGGCCCAUCCCCAUGCCAAUCCGGUCGACCUCCGCCUGCUCCACCCCGACCCACACGCCUCAGGACUCCCUCACGGGGGUAGGGGGUGACGUACAAGAGGCGUUUGCACAAAGUUCAAGAAGAAAUUUGAGGAAUGACUUGCUAGUAGCAGCAGAUUCCAUCACUAAUACCAUGUCCUCUCUCGUGAAGGAGCUGAAUUCUGAGGUGGGGAGUGAAACGGAGAGUAAUGUGGAUUCUGAAUUUACCCGCGCCCAGUUUGAAGAUCUGGUUCCAUCACCGACCUCUGAAAAGGCUUUUCUAGCGCAGAUCCAAGCCCGGAAGCCUGGGUAUAUUCACAGUGGAGCCACCACAAGCACCAUGCGCAGCGACAUGGUCACAGAAGAUGGGGACUCCUACGUGCAGCCUGAGGAUGAGAACUAUGACAGCGACUCUGUCCGGCAGCUGGAGAACGAGCUGAAGAUGGAGGAAUACCUGAAACAGAAGCUGCAGGAUGAGGCCUACCAGGUCAGCUUGCAAGGUUGAAUGCAAUAUCCUUUUAUCACUCUCCUCUCAAGCAAGCUAUAGUCAGACAGAUGAUGAAAGUAACAUGAAAACUGGUGCUGAUGGAGAGUGCUGCACCCACACAGAGGAGGAAGACAGCAGCCUGGCAGCAGCCUCACCGAAGAGAGGAGCCACCAUACCCAGCAGCUCCCGACAGACCCCAUCCCUAAUGAUGUGUUCUGAUGCCUAUAGUGCAGCUCAAUUUCUGUUCUAAGAUUUGUAGUUCAUAGGUAUGUGUUUUGAAAAGAAAGAAGAAAAAAAGAGACUUCUGUUCAAAGCUAACUUAUCAGCUACAUCUUUUGUAACAUGGCUCAUCUCUGGUUAAAACAAACAAAUAAAUGCAGGCUAAAUACCCAUACUGCUGUUACACAUCAUGGCAGUGUUAACAAACAUUUUAAACCUUUGCACAUGAUCUUGAACCUGUUCAGUUUACAAUGACAAUAAUAAUACUGUUUUUAGCUAGUCAUUCGAUUUCUGGAUUCUUUGAGAUUUUGAAACAGUUUAUUAUACACUACAUUUUUUUCCAACAGUAAUUGGAAAAAAAAUUACUUGCAAUUAUUCACUAACCCAGACUGAUGUGAUUCCUGAUGUGCAAACUCUGAGCCUGGAAGCCAAGGAGAGUCCUUGGCCUGCAUGGUCUGUAGUUGAUUUCAGGUCUCUCUGAGCAGGGACUUGAACCAAACACUCCAGGAAUAAUCCAUUCUUUGGGGCUUCGUUCCAACAUGAGGUUGUUUUCUUUCAAGAUACUCUAAUGAAUCAGCCAUAGAAUUUAGUGUAAAUAUGUUUUUCCAAAUAGAGAUCAUAUUCAAAAAAAAAGGCAACAUUCAAAUGAUAUAGAAUCUAGUUUUUAAAAUCAGCACAGAUCUUCUAAAAAACUGUGAACUAUGUUUUAAAAUACUCGUUACUAAAGCUGUUUAUAAACCACAGGUGCCAUAAGAUCCCCAAUCGAACUAAAGUUACCAUUGCUCUUCCAUGGUCUCACUCCUCUUGUUUUAGCGUUAGGAAGCAUGUCUUUCACAGCACUGCGCAUUCACAAGUUCCCCUAUCAGGUUGUUUGGAGGCCUUCAGCUUUAAAUGUACAGGCUUAAAGUGCGCUUGCGAACGUCUGCUCUCCUUUGAUUUCUGAAUGUCGAUUGCCUUAGCUGGCCACAUGGUGGUCUGCAUGCACCCGUCUGUGGCCCUGGGAAAGGAGGCAGGCUCUUCUAAGUUGAGUUGGGAUUUUGCACUGAGUGAAAAGCCGAAGUGCAAAAGAACUGUCAAAAACAAGAGGGUAAAAGAUUGUUGCUGGUCCUUUCUGAAGCCCUCUUUAGGGAGACCACGGAUGGCCCCUAGGGAUUCAG